UUUUCCGCCCGGCGUCCCGUAUAAAUACCAGUGUCGCCUGCAGACUUUUGCUGGGAACGGUUACCAUGCUAGGGGUGUAGCAACUGAAGCCGAACAGUAAAAUCUACUGGCUUCCUUUAGGAUCGCAUUGAAACUGAUUUUCUUGCAUCCUAGACUUGUUCAGGUCUCCAGCCGGCAACUUUUUAGUUGUUAACACCUGUGGUGUCGUAAAGUUCCCAGUCUUCCCCGAGUCUACCCGAAGAUCCAUCAUGAUGCAGAUUAACAGUGACUUCUUCGACCACAAGCACUCCGUCCUCAACGUGAUGAAUCGCUUCAUCGCUGCUGCCAACAACAUGGAUGAGACCAUCAUGGUGCCCAGCCUGCUGCGGGACGUCCCGCUGGAGGAACAGGACAGUCCAGUCAUGGUGGUUGACAACAACAACAGCAUUGAGCCUUACCGUGGCAAGCAGAAAGAUAUGUACGAACACUACCUUCUACUUAAGUCCAUCAAGAAUGACAUGGAGUGGGGUCUCCUGAAGAGGGAGAUAGGUGGGGGUCCCAGCUUCCUGGAGAUGGCCGUCAAGCAGGAGGAGGAACAGCCGAAGGGGGUCGGGGUCGUGGCCUGUGAGGAGACCUUGGACCUGGAGAGCCAGUUCCACUAUCACCUGCGAGGGCUGUUUGGGGUCCUUUCCAAACUCACCCUACAAGCAGACCACCUCACCAACCGCUACAAGAGGGAGAUCGGGGGUGGCAAUUUCAUGAGAUAGGGGAGGUCUGUCCUAUUCAACAUGAACUCAUCUCUUUACAUUUCUACUGUUGUGCACUGAGCAGGUGUGCAGUGCGCAGAAGUGGGCAGAUGAAUAAAAGGCCUCUGGCCUCCCUUCUUCACUACAUGCAAUGGGCCAUGAAUCGAAUAGAGCAACUAACAUGUCAAACGCAUCCCACCAAUCCUGCCUGGGUUGGCCCCGCCCCACCUGUUGCCUCAAACUGUCACAUUCUGCAAAUCAGGCCUGCAAACCUCAAGAAGACCAUGGAAGUAAAAUAUAGAACCGGGGGAAUUUUUCAGUCUCCCAACUGAGACACAUGGGAGGUCUUAGUUUGUGCAUAGCUGUGCUUUUUUUAUUUUUCCAAAGCCAGAACCAGAGCUCAAAUUGACCACUGAAUGGCACAUGCUGUUGGCACAAAAAGAUUGUACACUAAAUUCAUUGGUAGAGUUGUUGAAAGGACAGCGAAUUUCACUCAAAGCAAGGGGCUUGUGUGUCAGUCCAAAAAAAAAACCCCAAGACGUCUCAUGGGUUUACAUUGGACCCCACAGAUGAUCUGACAUGCUCAGCUGGAUCGGAGCAGAUUUCAAAUAGAUUCGGGGGGUUACAAUCAGUUCAGUACUGUACUCUCACUGUCUAUGUGUAUGCUGACAAUUAAUAUGCCCUUGGGGAUUUUUUUGGGAAGGGCAAUAUAUCUUCUCUGAGGCAGCUCUAAACUGUAGCUGUUCACUCCUGGGUAACGCUGUCAAAGACAGAAAUAAACACACAAAAAAACCGCU